CUACUUUCCUCUGGAAAUGGCCGCGCCGGGGAGCACCGUCCGCCCCGCGCCCCGAGGCCCGUCGGCGUAGGGCGGCCGCGGGGCCGGGGUCUCCCCGAGGGACGCCGGAGCACGAUGGACGAGCAGAGGCCGCCCAGCGAGGAGAAGGAGGCAGACACGCCAGCCGAUGGGGCCGUGACCUCGGAGGAGAUGGGCAGCGCAGAGGGGGACCCCCUGAAACCCCCUGAAGCUGCCUCCGUGGGGCCGGAGCCGGAGAGCAAGGACACGAAGGGACUUCCCCAUGCUGGCAGCACGCCAGCCCACCGCUGCGCCCUCUGCAACUGUGGGGACUGGAGCCCGCACGGGCAGCGGGAGCUGCAGCGCUUUGGGCCGGCGCCUGACUGGCCCGAGCGGCUGGCAGGGCACGAGCCCCCCGGGGAACCCGGGCAGCCCCCCCCAGGGCUGGAGCUGGAGCCGGAGGGCGAUGACCUGGCGCAGAUCGGCUUCUCAGAGCGGGUGACGCUGGCACAGCUCUUUGAGCCGACGGGGCACUGCUGGGUCCACCGCUGGUGCGCAGCCUGGGCCACUGGCGCAGGGCAGGAGGCGGCGGGUCCGGCCGCUGUGGUCAGAGCUGUUUUCUCAGGGAUCUCACAGAAAUGUGAACACUGCCUGCGGACGGGGGCCACCAUCCCAUGCCGGGCGGGCGGCUGCUCCCGCCUCUACCACUUCCCCUGUGCCGCCGCCGCCGGCUGCUUCCAGUCCAUGAAGACCCUGCGGCUCCUCUGUCCCGAGCACGUGGCCGAGGCCGUGCAGAUGGAGGACGCCCGGUGCUCGGUGUGCGAUGGGCUGGGCGACCUGCACGACCUGGUUUUCUGCACCAGCUGCGGGCAGCACUACCACGGGGGCUGCCUGGACAUCGCCCUCACGCCCCGCAAGCGCUCGGGCUGGCAGUGCCCUGAGUGCAAAGUGUGCCAAACCUGCAGGCAGCCCGGUGAGGACUCCAUGAUGCUGGUCUGCGAGGCCUGUGACAAGGGCUAUCACACCUUCUGCAUGGAGCUGGCCAUCGAGGGCCUCCCUGCUGGCUCCUGGAAGUGCAAGAACUGCCGGGUGUGCUCAGACUGUGGCCAGCGCCUGGCAGGGCUCAGCCCCAGCUGCCAGCGGCCGCAGGGCUCCGCGGUGUGCCAGGGCUGCCAGCAGUGCCGCGACGCCGAGGAGCCCCGUGGGGCACCGGAGCCCCCCACGCAGACGUCGGUGUCCCCCGGGCGCUGUGAGCUGACGGAUGCGCCCGCUGAGCCGGAGCCUGUGCGGUGCGACAGAGAGACGCAGCCGGGGGGGGACCCUGAGGAGGGACCCCCGGGCGAUGGCGGGUCUCCUCCUGGCGAGCCCCCCGCUGCAGAGGUGCCCCCCAGCGACGUGCUGCCUGAUGAACUGCCCCUCGACGUGCAGCCCCCUUCUCUGGUGCAGCCUCCCGACGUGCAGCCCCCUCCUCUCGUGCAGCCCCCUCCUCUCGUACAGCCCCCUGAUGAAGAUCCCCCUCUUCUUGUGCAGCCCCCUGAGGAGCCCCCUCUUCUUGUGCAGCCCCUUGAUAUGCAACUCCUUGACGAGCCCCCUCUUCUCCUACAACCCCCUGAAGAGCCCCCUCUUCUCACAGAGUCCCCUGACAUACAGCCACCUCCUCUCAUGCAACCCACUGAGGAUCCCCCUCCUCUCAUGCAAGCCCCUGAGGAGCCUCCUCUUCUUGUGCAGCCCUCCGAGGAGCCCCCUCCUCUGAUGCUGCCCCCUGACCACCCACCUCCCGAUGAGCUGCCCCUCGAGAGAGCAUCCCUUGAUGAGCCGCCCCUUGACAGACCCUCCCUUGAGGAGCUGCCCCCCAGUCACCCACCCCUUGACGAGUCGCCUCUCACCAUGCUGCCCCUUGAUGAGCUGCCCCCCAGUAAAUCACCGCUUGAGGAGUCACACCCUGAUGAGCUACCCCUCGACAAACCAUCCCCCGACGAGCUGCCCCCCACCCAGCUGCCCCCUGACAAGUCACCGUGCAACGAGCAUCCCCCUGACGAGCCACCCCCCAUCGAGCUGCCCCUCGAUAAGCUGCCUCCCGAAGAACCUCUCUCUGAAGAGCUGCCCCCUGAAGAAGUUCCCCUCAUUGAGCUGCCCCCUGAAGAAGCUCCCCCUGAUGAGCUGCCCCCCAAAGAGCCUCCCCCCAGCGAGCUGCCUCCCGAGGAGGACCUGAGGCCAUCAGGUCUCCUCCCCGAGGUUGCCGUGUUGGAGGAAGCACCAGCCCUGGCCCUUGAGGUGCCCCUGGAAGAGGAGAUGGAGCUGGAGCCUUUACAGCCCCCUGAGACGGAGCCCCCACCCCCAGCUCCUCCAGAUCUCUGUGCUGUCUCGCCAGCCCGCCCCCCAGACCCCUCCCCAGAUGCCAAGGAGCACGUGGUGCCCGAACCAGCAGCCCCAGCCCUGCCCGAGCCCCCCAGCAGCCCCAGCACUGCCAUGGACACUGAGCCCCCCAGCUCCCCACCGCCCCCCCUGGGCUCCCCCGCCUGCGCCCCAGCCCCCACCGAGCCCCCUGAGGAUGAGGAGAUGGACAUGGCUGCUGGUGAGGGGGAGUCACCGGCCGGCCCCCCCAGCCAUGGUCCCCACACCAGCCCAGCCCCAGAGCUGGGGCACUUCCCGGGCCUGCCCGAGGAGGAGGAAGAAGAGGAGGAAGAGGCACCGAGGCUGGAGCGGGAGGGCACCAGCGGCAGCUCCCCACCGCUGAGUGAGGAAGAGGUGCUGGAGGAAGGCCGUGCUGGCGGCGACCCCGAAGCCAAGGGGUCCCUCCUGCUCCUGGAGCCAGAGGAGCUGGGCCCCGAGACCCCCAUGGAGGUGUGCGCUGCCGGGGAGAAGCUGCUGGGGCGUGGGGACGAGUCAGGCCCUGAGCCCCCCACCCUGCGCCCACGCCCCGACAUCCUCAACGAGAUCUCCAACCUGAGCCAGGGGGACACGAGCAGCAGCUUCCCCGGCUCGGAGCCGCUGCUGGGCUCCCCGGACCCCGAGGGGGCCGGCUCGCUGUCCCUGGAGCUGGGCCCAGCCUCGGCCGACGCCAGCCUGCAGAAGGAGGACGUGGCGUCGCUGCCGCUGGGCGCUGAGACCGACGACUCGCUGCUCUUCGAGCCCUCAGCCAAAGGGGACGGGGACAAGGGCCGGCGGCGCAGCUCCCCGGGGCGCUCCCGCGUCAAGCAGGGUCGCAGCAGCAGCUUCCCAGGCCGGCGGCGCCCCCGAGGUGGGUCCCACGGGGGCCGGGGCCGGGGCCGUGCACGCCUGAAGUCGACAACCUCAUCCGUCGACACCUUGGCACUUGCCGACGUGGAGAGCUCACCCAGCAAGGAGGAGGAUGAGGACGAUGACGACACGAUGCAGAACACGGUCGUCCUCUUCUCCAACACCGACAAGUUCGUGCUCAUGCAGGACAUGUGCGUGGUGUGCGGCAGCUUCGGGCGCGGGGCCGAGGGCCACCUCCUCGCCUGCUCCCAGUGCUCCCAGUGCUACCACCCCUACUGUGUCAACAGCAAGAUCACCAAGGUGAUGCUUCUGAAGGGCUGGCGCUGUGUGGAGUGCAUCGUGUGCGAGGUGUGCGGCAAAGCCUCCGACCCCUCGCGCCUCCUGCUCUGCGAUGACUGCGACAUCAGCUACCACACGUACUGCCUGGACCCCCCGCUGCAGACCGUGCCCAAGGGCGGCUGGAAGUGCAAGUGGUGUGUGUGCUGCGUGCAGUGCGGGGCGGCUUCCCCUGGCUUCCACUGUGAGUGGCAGAACAACUACACGCACUGCGCGCCCUGCGCCAGCCUCGUCACCUGCCCCUUCUGCCGGGAGAAGUACGUGGAGGACGAUCUGCUCAUCCAGUGCCGGCACUGCGAUCGGUGGCUGCACGCGGCGUGCGACAGCCUCUUCACCGAGGAGGAGGUGGAACAGGCUGCAGACGAGGGCUUCGACUGCAGCGCCUGCCAGCCCUACGUGGUCAAGCCGGCCGUGCCUGUGGCUCCUUCAGACAGCGCCUCGGUCAAGGCCAAGGAGCCAGAGCCCCAGUACUUCCGCUUCGAGGGCGUGUGGCUGACGGAGACGGGCAUGGCCGUGCUGCGCAACCUCUCCCUGUCGCCUCUGCACAAGCGGCGGCAGCGCAAGGGCCGCCCGGGCACCCUGAACGGGGACGGGGGGCUGGAGGGGGGCGACCCCCUGGGCCCCGAUGACAAGAAGGACGGGGACCUGGACGGCGACGAGCUGCUCAAAACCGAAGGGGGCAUCGAGCAUAUGGAGUGUGAGAUCAAGCUGGAGGCUCUGGCCAGUCCUGACCGUGACAUCGUGGCUGACGUGGACUCGGGGAAGGGGCUGGAGGACCCCGAGGAGUGCAAGAAGAGGAAGCGCAAACCGUACCGGCCCGGCAUUGGCGGGUUCAUGGUGCGGCAGCGCAAGUCCCACACCCGCCUCAAGAAGGUCCCGGCGGCGCUGCCAGACGUGGGACGCGAGGGGCUGAGCACCGAGGGGCACACAGAGGAUGGGCCUCCAGGUGACCUCCCGGCUGAGGGCAGCCUGGAUCCGGGCUCUGUAGAAGGGGAGGAGAAGAAGAAGCGCCGGGGAAGGAAGAAGAGCAAGUUGGAGGACAUGUUCCCCCCAUACCUGCAGGAGGCGUUUUUCGGCAAGGCGCUGAUGGACCUGAGCCGGAAGGCGCUGCUGGCAGCUGGCGGGGUGGGGGACGGGGCCGCCCGCCCUUCCCUGGCACAGAGUGCCCCACGACCCAAGGGGGACCCCAGUCUGGCUGGUGCCCUGCAGGGUGCCCCCGCUGACAGGAGGGAGACCCCCACACACCCCCGAGGGGACGACAGCACCGACGGCAGCGCCACCGCUCCCGACGACGAUGGCAAAGACGAUGGCAAAGCCGAGGAGCUGGGGGCUGACGAGCUGAAGGAUUCCCCAGACCCUGGUGACGCUGAGAAACCAUCGACGCCGGGCGAGGGUGCGCUGAGCUCCGACCUCGACAAGAUCCCCACGGAAGAGCUGCCCAAGAUGGAGAGCAAAGACGUGCAGCAGCUCUUCAAGGACGUACUGGGCUCAGCGGAGCGCGGGGAGCAGCCCCUGAACUGUGUGGCCGCGGGGAUGGAGGCGGGGGGCGCAGGGCAGGACCCCGGCCGGGCGCAGCGGCCGUUCCUGCAGGGAGACCUGCAGCUGCCGGGGCAGGGGAGCAUUUCCCUGAGCUCACUCUCCGGAGCCGUCUCCUUGGAUUCGUACUCGGGCGUGUGCCAGUCCCCCUUCCUGGAUAACAGGGAGCGCAGCGGCUUCUUCAGCCCAGACCACUGCGAGCCCGAGAGCCCCUGGGCCAGCAGCUCGGCUGCCACCACCCCCUCGACGCCCACGACGCCCACAACGGAGGGCGAGGGCGAUGGACUGUCCUACAACCAGCGCAGCCUGCAGCGCUGGGAGAAGGACGAGGAGCUGGGUGAGCUUUCCACCAUCUCGCCCGUCCUCUACGCCAACAUGAACUUCCCCAACCUCAAGCAGGAUUAUCCAGACUGGUCGAGCCGUUGCAAACAGAUCAUGAAGCUCUGGAGGAAGGUCCCUGCCACAGACAAAGCCCCUUAUUUGCAAAAGGCCAAAGAUAACCGGGCGGCUCAUCGCAUCAACAAGGUGCAGAAGCAGGCCGAGAGCCAGAUCAACAAGCAGACCAAAGGGGAGGGACUGCGCAAGCCCGAGAGGCCCUCGCUGCACCUGCGGAUCCCGGUGCCGCCGGGGGCUCAGCCCGUCUACAUCAGCAGCCCCCCUGCCGCCGGAGACGCUUUCCUGAAGCCCCCGGUGGGCUCCGGAGCGGGGCCGGAGUCUCCCAGCGAGCUCUUCCCCAAGCUUCCCCCCCAGUCCCCUGCCCAAGUGCCUUCGCACGAUCCCUUCGGCGCGGCGCCCGCCUACGCGCUGGAGCCCCGCUUCCCCUCGCCCCUGGGCCAGAGCCCCACGGCGGCCGCUGCCUUCCAGCCCUUCCCUGGCCAGCCCCAGCCCCUCGCUGGCCCCCGUGCUCUCCCUGGCUCCCAGCCCUCCGACUUCCACCCCACCCCCCCCGGCACCCCCCGGCACCAGCCCAGCACCCCAGACCCUUUCCUGAAGCCCCGGUGCCCCUCCUUGGACAACCUCUCAGUGCCAGGGAGCCCCGGGGCACGGCCCCCCGAGGCCCUGCUCUCUCCCCUGCCUUUUGGGGAGCAGAAGAAAGGCUUAGAGGUGAAGAAGGAGGAAGGGGGGAGCCUGGGGGUCUGCUCACCCGGCUACCCCUCGGCCAUGGGCUACGGGGAGUCUCCAGGGGGCCCCCACCUCUCUGCCACGGAGCUGAAGGCGGCCGACGUCUUCAAAGCCCCCCUGACCCCACGGGUCUCUCAGGUAGAGCCGCAGAGCCCGGGGUUGGGGCACCGGCCCCCCGACCCCCAUCCCCUGGCCCCCUCGCCCCCCGGCCACCCCGACCUCUACCGCCAGUCACCCUACCCGGACCCCUACUCGCAGCCCCCGCUGACGCCGCGGCCGCAGCCCCCCGAGGGCUGCUGCUCCCUCCCGCCCCGCUCCCUUCCCUCGGAGCCCUUCUCCCGCGUCCCAGCCAGCCCCCAGUCCCAGUCCAGUUCCCAGUCUCCCCUCACCCCCCGCCCGCUCUCCAACGAAGCCUUCUGCCAGUCCCCCGUCACCCCUCGCUUCCAGUCCCCGGACCCCUACUCGCAGCCGCCCUCCCGGCCCCAGUCCCGGGACCCCUUCACCCCCCUGCACAAGCCGCCCCGGCCGCAGAUGCUGGAGCCAGGGUUCAAGUCGGUGCCACUGUCGCACAGCCCGGCGGCCGGCGGGGGCGCCGGGGACCCCCACGCCAAGGCGUCGGCCGGCCAGCAGCCCCCCUUCGCCCGCUCGCCCGGUGCCAGCGUCUUCCCAGGCGGGGGGCAGCCGCCUGCCGUGCGCUUCACCUUCCCCCCGGCCGUCUCAGAGCCACUCAAGGGCUCCCCAUCCCACCAGCCCCACGGGAUCAACAGCCAUUACGUCCCCGGCAAGCCCCAGAGCUCGGGCUACUCCUCGUCCCCUGGUUUCCACCAGGCCGGCAGCCCGCUGGCGCCAGGCGCUGCCGUGGCUGCUGACACCUACAGCCUCUCGCCCCUGCGGCCGCCCUCGGUGCUGCCGCAGCAGCCCCCGGCCGCCCCCCAGCCCCAGGACACCCCCGUCGCCUUCCUGCCCCGGCCUGCGCUGGGGCCGUCGGCCGACAAGAGGGAUGAGGUGGCCACGGGGCUGUCGGGACUCCCGAACCGGGACCUGGCGGAGCUGCCGGGCAGCCAGGACGGGGCCCUGGGCACCAUGAGCCAGUCGGAGCUGGAGAAGCAGCGGCAGCGCCAGCGGCUGCGUGAGCUGCUCAUCCGGCAGCAGAUCCAGCGCAACAGCCUGCGGCAGGAGAAGGAAAGCGCAGCCGCGGCCGCCGCGGCGCCGCCAGCGGGAUGGGCCCCUGAGGCCGGCAGCCAGCCCUUCGACGUGGGCCGGGGCAUGGCCACCUACCAGCCAGCACAGGACAAGAGUCUCCUGGGGACGCUGGCCCCCGGCGCCGGGAAGCUGCCAGGCUCGGUCAUGGUGCAGGCGGCGUUCGCGCAGGACGAGCGUCUGUCCCGGCCCCCACCAGCGGCCACCCCAUCCGCCCUGGACAUCAACGGGAGGGCAGCGGUGGGGCCCCCCCAGGGCUUCUACCCCCGCGGGGUGUUCCCGACGCCGUCCCCGCAGCAGCACCUGUGGCAGCAGCAGCAGCAGCAGGCAGCAGCCGCAUCCCUGCGCCUGCCCGUCGCCUCCCGCUUCGCCCCCCCGGCUGCCGGCACCCCCGUGGGCAACUUGAGCACCCCCUUGGGCAACUUGAGCACCCCCGUGGGCAACGUGGGCACCCCCAUGGGCAACCUGGGCACCCGCUUGCCCGCACCUGCUGAAACGGUGCCGGCGUCCCCCGCGGCCCUGGGAGCCCCUUUUAUCGAGCUGCGGCACAACGUGCAGAAGGGACCUGGGGGAGUCGUGGGCUCCCCCUUCGCCCCACAGGCGCCCCGGCCCCGCUUCUUCCUGCCCGGGGAGGAGGGCAGCCCCCAGCCCCUCUGUGCCCCCGUCAUGCCCAUGCAGGCGCUCCCGGCCCCGGCACUGCAGCCCCCGAAGCUGCCGCUGCCGCCGGCGUCCCCACAGGGAGCCGAGAUGAGCAACAGCCACCACCCGGCUCACACCAAAGCGGCCGCCGCGGCGCUGCCCAGCCCCGGCCUGGAGCUGCAGCACGGCCCCCCGCGCCCGCUGCCCCCCGGCUCUGCCCUGCGCCCCGAGGGGCACAAGGACGGCCCCGCGCCCGACCCCCCAACGGCCCCGGCCCCGGGGAAGAGCCACCUGAGCCUGGAGGCAGCGCGUCUGCCCUGCGAGGUGCCCGUGGAGCCCGACUUGGACGACGACUUCGGCUCCCACAAAGACCUGGAAGACGACGACGAUUUGGCCAACCUGAGCCUGGAUCCGGACGUGGCGAAAGAGGACGACGACCUGGACAACCUGGACAGCCUGGAGACCGCGGAUCCUCACCUGGACGACCUGCUGAACGGCGACGAGUUCGACCUGCUGGCGUACACCGACCCCGAGCUGGACACGGGCGACAAGAAGGACAUCUUCAACGAGCACCUGCGCCUCGUCGAGUCGGCCAACGAGAAGGCCGAGCGCGAAGCUCAGCUCAAGACGGAGCCGCUGGGGCCCGGCACGCAGCUCCCAGAGCCCGGGGACGGCAAAGACGUGGCCCCGUCCGCGGAGGACCAGGAGCUGCCCAAGGACGGGCUGGAGCCCGCGGCGGGCGCCGUGCCGGCGGCAGACCCGGCUCUGAAGGUGCAGGGCCUGGAGGCCAAGGCGAGCUCGCUGCCCACCGACGUCAAGCCCAAGCUGGAGGACGGCUGCCUCAAGACCUCUCCGUGCCAGUUCACGGCCGGUGGCCCCGAGCGGCUCCCGGCGCCCGUCAAGGCGGAGGCUCUGCAGGGUGCGGAUAAGAUCUCUGCCUCGCUGGGGCUGAGCCUCAAAGCCGGACAGACCCUCCUGGGCCCCGCGCCCGGCCCCGCUCGCCUCGGCCUGACUCACUUCCCUGCCAGCGGCCACGCUGCCGUCCCCGUGCCCGAGAAGGACCCCUAUGGCGGGCCCGGCCGCGGGCUGGCCCCUGCCCAGCUGGGCAGCCAGAGCAACCCCUUGCUGGAGAAGUUCGAGCUGGACGGCGGAGCCCUGGGCCUGGGCAGCACCCGGCACUCGCCGGCCGACGACCUGGACAAGAUGGAGAGCUCGCUCGUGGCCAGCGAGCUGCCUCUGCUCAUCGAGGACCUGCUGGAGCACGAGAAGAAGGAGCUGCAGAAGAAGCAGCAGAUGUCUGCCCACCUGCCCCGGGGUACCCCCCACCUUCCUGCCCCGGGACACCCCAUGCUGCACGCGGCCGGGCAGCCCCCCGAGGGGCAGAGCCCCCGCCUGGGCGCCCCGCAGCCCCCCCUCCAGCUGGGGCUGGUGGCCAGGCCGCCGCUGAUGCCGCCGCAGCCCCCCCGGCUCGGCACGCCCCAGCAGGGCCCGGCGCUGACCCCCCACAUGGGCAUGGCCCCCGGGCAGCCCCACGUGCUGGCAGCCCCCCACGGUGUGCAGGUGGCCCUGGCGCAGCCGCAGCAGAGCCAGCAGCAGGUGCUGGUGCAGAAGCCGAUGGCCGGGGUGCAGCCGCCCGCCCUGGGCCUGAAGCCCCCCCAGCUCGUCAUGCAGCAGCAGUUGGCCAACAGCUUCUUCCCAGACACAGACUUGGACAAGUUUGCUGCUGAAGACAUCAUGGACCCCAUCGCCAAGGCCAAGAUGGUGGCACUGAAAGGCAUCAAGAAGGUGAUGGCUCAGGGCAGCAUCGGGGUGGCCCCAGGCAUGAACAGGCAACAGGUUUCCCUCCUGGCUCAGCGGCUCUCGGGGGGCCCCGCGGUCUCCGAGAUGCAGAAUCACUUGCUGGCAGGGAGCGGGCAGGAGCGGAGCGGCGCAGACCCGGCCCAGGCUCGCCCCAACCCACCCACCUUCGCCCAGGGCGUCAUCAACGAGGCCGACCAGCGGCAGUACGAGGAGUGGCUGUUCCACACGCAGCAGCUGCUGCAGAUGCAGCUGAAGGUGCUGGAGGAGCAGAUCGGGGCGCACCGCAAGUCGCGCAAAGCGCUCUGCGCCAAGCAGCGCACGGCCAAGAAAGCCGGGCGCGAGUUCCCAGAGGCCGACGCCGAGAAGCUGAAGCUGGUGACGGAGCAGCAGAGCAAAAUCCAGAAGCAGCUGGACCAGGUGAGGAAGCAGCAGAAGGAGCACACGAACCUCAUGGCCGAGUACCGCAACAAGCAGCAGCAGCACCAGCACCAGGCCUCGGCCGUCAUGGCCCUGAGCCCCUCGCAGAGCCCGCGGCUCAUGUCCAAGCUCCCCGGGCAGCUGCUGUCGACACACGGCGUCCAGCAGCCCGCAGGGGCCGUGGUAGGCACGCAGGGCCUGGGCCAGCAGCCGGGGCAGCCCGGGGGGCUGCGCCUGCAACAGGGGGGCAUGUCAAUGGCCACUGUGCAGCAGGGGCUGCCCUUCAUGGGCCAGCAAGCCGUGGGCAAUGCCCCUGUGCCCGGCACCUCCAACGCCUUCUUCAGCGGGAACCCCGCUCUGCGCGGGCUGGGCGCCGAUAGCCGGCUGAUGCAGGAGAGGCAGCUCCAGAGGAUGCAGCUGGCCCAGAAACUGCAGCAGCAGAACAUGCUGGGACAAGUGUCGCUGCAGCAGCAGCAGCAGCAGCCAGGCGUGAUGGGACAGACGUCGAUGCAGCAGCAGGCCAUGAUGGGACAGGCGUCGAUGCAGCAGCCGGGAGUCAUGGCACAACCAUCAAUGCAGCAGCAGGGUGUGAUGGGACAGGCAUCCAUGCAGCAGGCAGGGGUGAUGGCACAGGCAUCCAUGCAGCAACAGGGUGUCAUGGGACAGGCAUCCAUGCAGCAACAGGGUGUCAUGGGACAGGCUCCGAUGCAGCCGCAGGGAAUCAUGGCGCAGACGGCCCUGCAGCAGCCGGGGAUCAUGGGCCAAACGUCGCUGCAGCAGCCCGGGAUGAUGGCACAGACAUCGCUGCAGCAGCCUGGGAUGAUGGCACAAGCACCCAUGCAGCAGCCAGGCGUGAUGGGACAAGCAUCCAUGCAGCAACCUGGUAUGAUGGCACAGACAUCGAUGCAGCAGCCUGGCGUGCUGGGACAGGGCUCGAUGCAGCCUGCGGCCAUGGUGGGGCAACCCGGCCUCCUGGGGCAGCAGCCACUGGCCCCAACGCCUCAACCUGGCGCCGUGGGACAGCCCAUGGUGCCAAAACAGCCAGGGCUGAUGAGCAGCCCCCAGAACCUGCUGGUGCAGCAGCUCUCGCCGCAGCAGCAGCCACCAGGAUUGCCGGGACAUGUGCAGGCACCGCCGGGGCUGCAGCACCAGACGGUGCUGGGCCACCCACAGCCCCAGCGCCAGGUCCUCCUGGCCCCUCACCAGCAGCGGGUGCUGGGCUCGCCGCAGCUGCCGCCGCAGGUGCCGGGGAUGCUGAGCCACCGCCUCGUGCUGUCACAGCAGCUGGGGCAGUCGCGGGCGCUGCUGGCCCCGCAGCAGCAGCAGCAGCAGCAGAACUCGGCCCAGCCGGGCCUCCUGGGGCUGGGCCAGGGGCAGCCCUCGAUCCAGCACUUUCCGCAGCAUGGGACGGUGGGCCAGGCCCCCUCUGUGCUGCACCUGAGUCAGGGAAUGCAGCCGGCCCCGGCGGUCCUGGCUGCCAAGGACCAGCCCGCGGGGGCGGACGGCGGCUCCCUGCCCGCCGAGGGCAGCGAGAGCGGGGGGCAGCUGCACGGGGGCCCCCAGGAGCCGCAGGGAGCCCUCAACCCCCCGGGGCUGGGUGGCCCGGAGCCCCCAGCCCCCAAGCACCAGGCUGAGCUGGGGCAGGGCCAGCAGCUCCUCUUGGGCUCCCCGCAGCCGGGAGUCCUGGGCUCGCAGCCGGCGCUGCGGGCGGCCCCCGUGCAGCCGGGCAGCCUGCUCGCCCCGCCACCGAGCCCCGCGGCCCCCCAGCAGCACGGGGACGCAGCCACGGCGGCUGAGCCGGCACUGGGCUGCGGGAUGGGCCAGGCGCAGCCGGCCAAGGCACCAACGGGCUCGCUGCAGGGCCAGCCCCAGCCCCCACGGCUCCAGAGCCCCGGGCAGCACAAAGCGGGGCCGACGCCAGGCACGGCCGCGCUCCCCCCGGGGCUCUUGGGGCAAGUGCCGGGGCCCACGAUGAGCCAGAUCCGGGCGCAGCUUCAGGGGGUCCUGGCCAAGAACCCGCAGCUGCGGCACCUGACGCCGCAGCAGCAGCAGCAGCUCCAGGCCCUCCUGGUGCAGCGGCACCAGCAGAGCCUCCUGCAGCAGAGCCAGGCCCUGCGGCCCCCUGGCCCCUUCCCCGGGCAGGCCCCGGACUACGGCGCCGCAGCCCCCACGACCCGCCAGCCCCCCCGCCCGCUGAGACCCGUGUUCCAGCCACGGCCAGGUACCCCGGCGGAGGCACAGAGCGGUUUCGUUGCCGAGCAGGGGCGAGCGGUGCUGGGGCAGCCCCCUCAGCAGCCCCCCCAGCAGCCCCUGGCAGAGCUGGUGCAGGCAGCCCUGGCUGCCCGUGGCCCCCAGCCCGGCCUCGUCCGGCUGCCCACGCCACCGGCCCCUUCUCCCCUGGGCUGCGCGUCCCAGCACCUUGCAAGCCCCGAGCAGGGCCCCCAAGAGCCAAAGAAGAACCCGCCGGGGGUCCUGAGCUCGGCUCCCAGCCCUGCGGCACCGGCAGAGCAGGGACUGACACCCGCAGCCAGCGGCGCUGUCCCUGACCCGGCACACAGCCCCUGGGACCCCGCCACAGACCCUGCCGAGCCCCACAUCAACGGGGCUGUGCCAGAGGGGCCCCCCGGCGCUGGUGACCCCCCCCAGGUGCUGGUGAAGCAGGAGCCGAAGGAGGAAGCGUUGGUGGCACAGUGCGAGCUGGAUGGAGACGAGGCGGCGAAGCCGGAGGCCAACGGGGACACUGGGGGCAGCCAAGGCAACAGCGUCCUGGCCUUGGGCAGCCGCUCCGAGACCGGGCACCUGCUGCUGCAGAAGCUGCUGCGGACCAAGAACGUGCAGCUCUCGGCGCAGAGCCCGGGAGAGCUCAAUGGGCACGUGGAGAGCCGCAGCACCGGGAUGGAGCCGCGGCCGCAGCCGGUGCUGCUGGGCAGGGAGGACCCCUCUGUGGCCAGGAAGCCAGCGGCCACCAAGCCCAAGCGCGUGCAGAAGGGCAACGAGCGGGUGCCGGCGUCGCGCAAGAAGCUGCGGAAGGACGAGGGGCUGCGACCCGGCGAGGCUCUAAUGAAGCAGCUGAAGCAGGAGCUGUCGCUGCUGCCGCUGACGGAGCCGACCAUCACGGCCAACUUCAGCCUGUUUGCGCCCUUCGGCAGCAGCCCCAUCAACGGCAAGAGCCAGCUGCGCGGCGCCUUCGGCAGCGCCGUGCUCGACAGCGUGCCCGACUACUACUCCCAGCUGCUCACCAAGAACAACCUUAGCAACCCACCCACGCCGCCCUCCUCGCUGCCCCCCACGCCCCCCCCCUCCGUGCAGCAGAAGAUGGUGAAUGGCGUCACGGCCCCUGAAGAGAUGGGGGAGCAGCCCAAGGACACCGACCCAGCCCGUGAGCCCCACGGACAGAAAGACACACCAGCCGUGGAAGUGAAGAGCCUGGACCUGCUGGCGGCUCUGCCCACCCCUCCCCACAACCAGACCGAGGAUGUCAGGAUGGAGAGCGACGACGAGAGCGACUCCCCCGACAGCAUCGUCCCUGCCUCGUCCCCUGAGAGCGUUCUGGGCGAGGAGCUGCUGCGCUUCCCCCUGCUCAGUGAGGCCAAGCCGGAGCUGGAGGAGCGAGUGCUGUCCCCCAUCAUCCCUAUCAUCCCCCGCGCCAGUAUCCCAGCGUUCCCCGACACGAAGCCCUACGAGGCCGCGGAGCCCUUCGGGGUCCCCCCUGGGAAGGUGGGGACAGCAGGGCUGGGCGCCCCGUGGGACAAGGGCAAGAGCAGCGAGGUCUCGGUCAUGCUGACGGUGUCUGCGGCGGCUGCCAAGAACCUCAACGGGGUGAUGGUGGCCAUGGCCGAGCUGCUGAGCGUGAAGAUCCCCAGCUCCUACGAGGUGCUGUUCCCAGAUGGCCCCGUGCGAGCCGCCAUGGUCGAGGCCAAGAAGGUGGAGACGGACGUGGCCGGGGUGCUCGGGGGCAAGGAGAAGGCGGCGCUGGCCGGGAAGGGGCCGGACGGCAGCUCCGAGUGGCUGAAGCAGUUCGAUGCAGUGCUGCCAGGAUACAGCCUCAAGGGCGAGCUGGACCUCCUGACACUGCUCAGACAGGAGAGCCCCGCGCCCGAGAAGACCCUUCACCACUGCUACAUCAACAACGUCUCCAACCUGGACGUGCGGCAGCUCUCAGUCCUGCCCCAGGAGCCCUCCCCACCGCUGUCCCCCUCCGUCCCCUCCCCAUCCAGCCCCGCCGAGGCUGCCAGAGUCCCCGACCCCGAGGCAGCCCCGGAGGCGGCCCCGGCCCCGCUCUCUCCCGUCCCACCCGCCCCCUCGCCGGCCCCACAGGAGGAGGGGGCCACAGCCCCCAACUCGCCGCCGCGCUUCAAGCCGCGCUCGCGGCCGCCGGAGGACGGGGACGAGGCGCGGCCACGGCUGAAGAAGUGGAAGGGGGUGCGUUGGAAACGGCUGCGGUUCCUCGUCACCAUCCAGAAAGGAGGAGCCAAGCGGGACGAUGACAAGGAGAUCGCGGAGUUCAUCGACAAGCUGGGCACCACCCUGCGCCCCGAGAAGGUGCCGCGGGACCUGCGCAAGUGCUGCUUCUGCCACGAGGAGGGCGACGGGGCCACGGACGGGCCGGCCCGGCUGCUCAACCUCGACCUGGACCUCUGGGUCCACCUGAACUGCGCCCUGUGGUCCACGGAGGUGUACGAGACGCAGGGGGGGGCCCUGAUCAACGUGGAGGUGGCUCUGCACCGCGGGCUGCUCACCAAGUGCUCCCUGUGCCAGAAAACCGGCGCCACCAACAGCUGCAACCGCAUCCGCUGCCCCAGCGUCUACCACUUCGCCUGCGCCAUCCGCGCCAAGUGCAUGUUCUUCAAGGACAAGACCAUGCUGUGCCCGCUGCACAAGCUGAAGGGCCCCUGCGAGCAGGAGCUCAGCAGCUUCACCGUGUUCCGCCGCGUGUACAUCGAGCGGGACGAGGUGAAGCAGAUCGCCAGCAUCAUCCAGCGCGGGGAGCGGCUGCACAUGUUCCGCGUGGGCGGGUUGGUCUUCCACGCCAUCGGGCAGCUGCUGCCGCACCAGAUGGCCGAUUUCCACAGCGUCACGGCGCUCUACCCCGUGGGCUACGAGGCCACGCGCAUCUACUGGAGCCUGCGGACCAACAACCGCCGCUGCUGCUACCGCUGCACCAUCUGCGAGAACAACGGCCGCCCCGAGUUCGUCGUGCAGGUCAUCGAGCAGGGCCUGGAGGAUCUGGUCUUCUCUGACUCCUCGCCGCAAGCCGUCUGGAAUCGCAUCAUCGAGCCGGUGGCGAUGAUGAGGAAGGAAGCCGACAUGCUGCGGCUCUUCCCCGAGUACCUGAAGGGUGAGGAGCUCUUCGGCCUCACGGUGCACGCGGUGCUGCGCAUCGCCGAGUCGCUGCCCGGUGUCGAGAGCUGCCAGAACUACCUGUUCCGCUACGGCCGGCACCCGCUGAUGGAGCUGCCGCUGAUGAUCAACCCCACGGGCUGCGCCCGCUCCGAGCCCAAGAUCCUCACCCACUACAAGCGGCCCCACACCCUGAACAGCACAAGCAUGUCCAAGGCCUAUCAGAGCACGUUCACGGGCGAGACCAACACGCCCUACAGCAAACAGUUCGUGCACUCCAAGUCCUCCCAGUACCGGCGCCUGAAGACCGAGUGGAAGAACAACGUGUACCUGGCGCGGUCCCGCAUCCAGGGGCUGGGGCUCUACGCGGCCAAGGACAUCGAGAAGCACACGAUGGUCAUCGAGUACAUCGGCACCAUCAUCCGCAACGAGGUGGCCAACCGGCGGGAGAAGAUCUACGAGGAGCAGAACCGCGGCAUCUACAUGUUCCGCAUCAACAACGAGCACGUCAUUGACGCCACGCUGACGGGGGGCCCGGCCAGGUACAUCAACCACUCGUGUGCCCCGAACUGCGUGGCCGAAGUCGUGACCUUCGACAAGGAGGACAAGAUCAUCAUCAUCUCCAGCCGGCGCAUCCCCAAGGGGGAGGAGCUCACCUACGACUACCAGUUCGACUUCGAGGACGAUCAGCACAAGAUCCCCUGCCACUGUGGAGCCUGGAACUGCCGAAAGUGGAUGAACUAGCUGGGAGAAGGGGCUGGGGGGGGCCGCAGCCCCCCACGUGGGAGACGGCGCCGAGCCCCGCCGGGGCCGCGGGAGGUGCCGGGCCGGCGGCCGGGGCGCGGACGGAGCCCCGCGGGACACGCACGGACGGACGAACCGGCAACUCAGGGUUUUUCUUUGCUUCGUCCUGCGAGGAACUCGGAGGGGGGAAGGUGCGGGGGUCCGGCGAGACCCCCCCCACCACCUCCACCCCCCCACAAGCGCCGGGGGAGCCCCGGGGGGGAGCAGCAGCGCGGAGCCGCAGCGAGUUUGGAGCCGCCCUGGAUUCGAUUCGAUUCAGUUUUA